ACCUCACGGUGCUGAAAGUGGAGAGUCAAGAGCUGAAUGAGAUGGAAGACAAAAAUCAUCAUGAUUUCACGACUAGGGAAAAAUCCACUAAAAAGACUUCCUCACAAAAAAGAGUUCAGAUGACCAAAUCAAACAGUUUAUUCACUUGUUGUCAGUGUGGAAAGUGUUUUAGUCAAAAACGAAAACUUGUACUCCACAUGAGAGUUCACACUGGAGAGAAGCCGUUCACCUGCCAACAGUGUGGAAAGAGUUUCUCUCAAAAUGGAAACCUUAGAGUCCACAUGAGAAUUCACACUGGAGAGAAGCCAUUCACCUGCCAAGAUUGUGGAAAGAGCUUCACAACAGAACUAAACCUUAGGUUCCACAUGAGAGUUCACACUGGAGAGAAGCCGUUCACCUGCCAACAGUGUGGAAGGAGUUUCUCUCAAAAUGGAAACCUUGGAGUCCACAUGAGAAUUCACACUGGAGAGAAGCCAUUCACCUGCCACGAGUGUGGAAAGAGCUUCACAACAGAAUCAAACCUUAGGUAUCACAUGAGAGGUCACACUAGGUAUCACAUGAGAGUUCACACUGGAGAAAACUCUUUCACCUGCCAAGAGUGUGGAAAACGUUUCACUCAAAAACAAAGACUUGAAGUCCACAUGAGAAUUCACACGGGAGAGAAACCUUACAUCUGUCAACAGUGUGGAAAGAGUUUUACUCAAAAAGUGCACCUUGAAAAACACAUGAGAAUUCACACUGAAGAGAAGCGUUUCACCUGUCAACAGUGUGGAAAGUGCGUUACAACAGAACUAAACCUUAGGAAUCACAUGAGAGUUCACACUAGAGGGAACUCUUUCACCUGCCAACAGUGUGGAAAAAGUUUCACUCAAAAACAAAGCCUUGAAGUCCACAUGAGAAUUCACACUGGAGAAAAACCUUACAUUUGCACCCAAUGUGUAAAGUGUUUUGCACAUAAAAACACCUUUAUUUACCACAUGAAGAUUCACAUUCAAGAGAAAUCUUUCACCUGCCGAAAGUGUGGGAAAAGUUUCACUGAUAAACACAGCCUUGAAGUCCACGUGACGGUUCACACGGGAGAGAAACCUUAUACUUGCACUCUGUGUGGAAAGAGUUUCACGAGUAAAAACACCCUUAAUUACCACAUGAGAAAUCACACUGAAGAGAAGCUGUUCGCAUGUGAUCAGUGUGGAAAGAGGUUCUGUUAUAAAAAUAGCGUCCGCACUCACAUGAGACUCCACACUGGAGAGAAGCCGUACAUCUGCAAACUGUGUGGGAAGAGCUUCUCACAAAAAGGAACUCUUAAGAUUCACCUGAGAAUUCACACAAGAGAGAAGCCAUUCAAAUGUGUGGAAAAUGACUAACAUGUAAAGAAAACCACACGAGGAUUCACACGAGAGAGAGAGAGAAGCCAUUCAUAUGUGUGGGCUCGUGCGGUCAUGAAAAACCUGGGAAAGUCAUGGAAAUGUAAAAUGGCAAUUUCCAGGCCUGAAAAAGUUUUGGGAAAAUUAAUAAACCCAGAAAGUUUUGGAAAAGUCGUGGAGGUUUAUUUCUCUUUGCCUGCCAAGCACGGAAUUUUCCGGGUUUCCACGUUCUCGCUGUUAUACCCUCUGGGGGCGCUGUUACACAUCUCCUGAAUGAGUCCACAAUCACCUGAUCAAAAACACAGGCGAGGAAGACGCAGAAACGAGGAACAUUCAUAUGCAAGCAGAAGCAUAUGAAAAAUAAUGGCAUCAAUAAUAAACGGCAUAUAAAUGAAAACUGCCUAAUG